AUGCCAUGUGUUGCUGGUGUCGACAACUUCCGCUCCGCCCGCAAGCGUCGAUGGGGUGACGACGACGCCAGCGCCCGCAGCGGCAUCCGGCGGCUCUGCGACCACGACCAACCGAAUCCCGAGCUGUACUUUGUCGACGUGAACCAGGACAUGUCGCGCGCUCGCAAAGUCGUUCCUUUCCCGGGCAAGCGGCUCCGCACCAUGGCGCCCGACGAUGACGACGACGACGACGACGACGACGACGACGACGACGACGACGACGACGACGACGACGACAUCAUGCACGCCUGCCAUGGCAGCCGGGAUGUCCUGCACGGAGCAGCGCCGCGGCGUCGAGGGCCGGCGCUGGGCAUCCAGCUGUCGCUCAAGGCUACGGCUGCCAUCCUGGCCCCGUGCUACAUUUGCCACAGGAGGCCGACCAAGAAGUCGGACCUGGGCUCGUUUGCCACCUGCCAGGCCUGUGGCGAGAGGGCGUGUUUUGUGUGUUUGAGGCAGUGCCGCGGGUGGGACUACUGCGGCGGGGUGUCUGCCGUCUCCGACCAGGCGGCGCUGUCGAGGAGCUUCCACGUGGACGACGACUCGCACGACGUGCCCGCGCGGCUGGACUUGGACGGGGACGGUCCAUGGCGGGCCGGCCUCGACGACGACGACGACGACCACCACCACCACCACCACCACCACCACCACAUGGGCCGGCUGCGCGGCCAGUGCGACCAUGGAGGCUUGCAGCAUGGCGGAGGGCGGGCUGCCUCUCGGCACCGGGCUGUCGUCUGCAGCAGGUGCUGUGUCGAGCAAGGUUCCGAGGGAGAAGUAGCUUGCCUAGGAUGUCUUUCCGGUCUGCCCGGCGAAUAA